ACCCGCGCGAGCUGCCGGCCCGACUUUGCGCCGCGUCGGGCGCUGCUGCUGCUCUUGGGCGCGGGGCCGCGCUUGGUGCCGGCGGCGGCCGGGAAGCGGGAGGCCAACGGCAACCUGGACCCCGGGCCAACAUGGCUGAAGUCGGCAUCGACCAGUCCAAGCUGCCAGGAGUCAAAGAAGUGUGCCGAGAUUUUGCUGUCCUGGAGGACCACACCCUGGCCCACAGCCUGCAGGAACAAGAGAUUGAGCACCAUUUGGCAUCAAAUGUUCAGCGGAACCGUCUGGUCCAGCAUGACCUCCAGGUGGCCAAGCAGCUUCAAGAGGAAGAUCUGAAGGCGCAGGCCCAGCUGCAGAAGCGCUACAAGGACCUUGAACAACAAGACUGUGAAAUUGCUCAGGAGAUUCAGGAGAAGCUGGCUAUCGAAGCAGAGAAGCGACGCAUUCAGGAGAAGAAGGAUGAGGACAUAGCACGCCUCUUGCAAGAAAAGGAGUUACAGGAGGAGAAAAAGCGAAAGAAGCACUUUCCAGAGUCCUCUGGAGGCAAAGCUUAUGGUGACAGUUACUAUUAUGAAGACGGAGACCAGCCACGGUCAAGGAGGGCAAGGGAGUUGGGUUCUGGAGCCUCAAGGCCUUGUAGACUCCAAAGUGAUGGAAAGACUGCGAAGCAGCGGAAGGAGGAGUCCAGACACCCCCAGGAGAACUUGGAAGAACCAGAAGAGCCUUGUUCAUCAGAGAGAUCUCUGUCGUCCUCUAGCUCGGGUAGAGCGAGGGACAAUCCCCAAAUGAACCCUGAGCAGCGCGACAAGAGCCAGCCCGGCCACGAGAGGCAGCGGAGACCCCCUCUUCCCAGAGUCAGUGGUGAGGUGUUUCUGAGCACCAAGCAGGACGACUGGGAGGCUAACCACAGCCGUCAGACUCGGAAUUGGGAAAAGAAGUCCCGCCACCAGGACCACCUUUCUCCCGAGUCCUCACAGAAAGCAGGGCUUCACUGCAAGGAAGCCGUAUGUGGGAGGGGCCGUGGGCGAGGUGAGCACAGAGGAAGGAAGCGCAGGCCCAGGACUCCUCCCUUCUCACAGAGUGAGGAGCGGCUCCCGCUCCACGACACAGGAAUGAAGCCCAGAGUGAUGAAAGACGCUGUCUCUACUCCGUCACGGGCGACCCACAGGGAUCAGGAAUGGUAUGAUGCUGAAAUUGCCAGAAAACUGCAAGAAGAAGAAAUUUUGGCUACCCAGGUGGACAUGAGAGCAGCUCAGGUGGCUCAGGAUGAGGAAAUCGCUAGACUUCUAAUGGCUGAAGAAAAGAAAGCUUACAAGAAAGCCAGAGAGCGGGAGAAAUCAUCGCUGGACAAAAGGAAGCAUGACCCCGAGUGGAAGCCCAAAACAGCUAAAUCAGCACACUCGAAGUCAAAAGAGAGCGAUGAACCUCACCGUUCUAAGAAUGACAGGCCAGCACGGCCACCACCACCUCCUGUGACAGAUGCUGAGGAUUUGGCUUACACUCAUUUUACAAACCAGCAUAAUUCUACACGUCAUUUCUCAAAGUCAGAGUCUUCUCAUAAAGGUUUCCAUUAUAAGCCGUAAAAACCUAGGAAUCUGCCUUGAAAACGGACUCACUGUAGCAAAAUUACUGGAUGAUACAGAACGCAUUCCACGCUUAUUUUUUUCCUCCUGUAUUUUGUAUUCCUGGGAUUUAUCCUCAAGUGUUUUUUUGACCAUAAAUAAUUUUCAUUCAUUUAAAAUGUUUUGGUUAUUCCUGAUCACUUGGGCAGUACAAGGAAAUCUAGCUUCUGAAUAUUGGCCACCUCUAUGCUGCAUAUGCUUCCUGGGAUAGUAUCUGAGAGCUGUAUAAAAUGUCGUUUUCAUUAGGUAUGGAGUGUUGAUAUCUAGGGAAUAGACUUUAGCAACUAGAAUUUUGUGGAGAGAGUAAAGUAAAACAUACUGUUUGGGCGCAACACAGAAUAAAAGAAUGUAAGAAAUAGCCUUUUUUUGUUGCAUUAGUGUAUGACAUAUUGAAAGACAGAGACUUUUCCUUUUUUAACCCUUCAGGAAAAGAAAAAAAAAAUCACAGCCAUAAAGUAUUUAAAACACAAAAAACCUAGGAGAGUUGGAUUAUGUAAUUCUGACCACCAGGACUGCAGAGGUUUUACAUAUCCUUACACACUCUCCUGGGAAAAUUGGUCAUUCUCCAGCACCGUCUCUGCUCUUGCUUCCUCGGAGCAAGGCUUUCUGAAGCCUCUGGGCAUUGGACCAUUUAUUAGUAUUUACUGGCAAAAAUUUACUUCUAUGAAAUCCCAAGUCUAUGUAAAAGCAGCUGAAAUUGAAAAACCUGGUAUCCCUUCUCUCAUUUUACACUCACUUACAAAGCCAGGGGAAACGGAGUGAACCGGGGAGACGUUUAUGUAAGCGAUGGUGCCAUCGUUUCCUCUGGCUCUAGAUCAGAAUUUUUCUCUCGCUUGAGGAACAGUAUUGCUCGGCAACCUCUCAACAUAUUUUGUGUAUCUGUCAAUAAGUAGAUUUCAUUGGACAUGAAGUUGAAGCUGAUAAAGUGCUUCUUCAUCCAAGUAUUUGUUUCUACUCAUUUGUUAGUGGUGGGACGUGGGCACUGGAUUCCUUUGUGCCGGGCCUUUAAGCCCCUCUUCAAGAAGUCUGGAAUUUUUGUCCAGCUUCUAACCUCAUGGAGACACGUAUUUCCCCAAACUAGUUAGUUAGCAUAAGUGUCAGCCGUGCUGCAGAUAUAAAUAUCCUUUCAGCUGAACAGCCUAUUAUUUUUCAUUGUGUGAUUCUGACAUUUUUGGCACUUCAGCGUGGUGUUUGUUUAGGAAAGAAAUCUAUAGGUGACUUGAGGAAAAGAUUGAGAAUCCAUUUUUCCCCCACUGGGAGCUGCCUUCUGUUUGCCUUAUCUUUCCAGAUAGUCUUCAACGUAGGAGAGUAUUCAGGAAGCUUUUUAGAAUAGUUUCUCAGAGUGGAUUUGGGUUUUUCAUUUCAAGAAAGAUCUUUAGUUUCAUAAAGGUUUUGGACUGUAUGAACUUGUAUAAAAAAACCCUAAGAAUUAAGUUUCGGGAAAAUGAUCAUCUGCAAAGAAACAAACUUUAGGGAUGUAGUCAUUUUGGAGAAAUAAGGAAAAGGGAAAUAACAGGAUUUUGAAUGGCCGUGAUGAAGUGAAUGAGGACAAAUCCUCAAGGGCAGACCAAAUGGAGGUCGUAGCCUUAAAUCAAAUUCCAGAGGGUGGCUUCAAUAUCCAAAGGUUAGACAUUGUUGAUUUAUAGAAAUGCUAUAUUUUUCUUUGUCUGCCCUGUGAUUUUGCUUCAUAUUUUUAAAAAGUUUUUUUAUGGUAGCUUUAAAGAAAAAAAAAACUGUAUUUUUAUUUGAAAAUCAGGCAAAUGGGCAACAUCAUUUGCCGUAUUUUUAUUUUAUAAAUGUUUAUUUUUCUAUCUCAUACAAUGAUCAGUUCUGCUUUUAAAAUUCUAUAUUUCUCUUGCCUCUCAUGUACUACUUCAUCCAGUCGUAUUUAUUAUUGAAAAUGCUAACUGGAUAUAUUUCACUCAAAAAAUGUGAGGUCACUUAGCACUUAACUAGAUGUUCGUGUUUCAGCUGUCUUAGUGAGUGACCAGAGGUGGUGUUUCCCUCGUGAUACGCAAUUCAGCAUCUGUAUUGAAAAUUUGUUAUUUUUUUUAAGGUUUUUAAAAGAUUAGAGUUUUAAAAUAUUUUAAUUUAAUUUAAUGUUUUUGUGAAGCAAACACUUUUUAAGGAGCAUCAGAGUAAUUCUUUCCCUGUGAAUAAGGAGACUAAGUGAACUCAACCAGUUGAAUCCUCUUAUCCUCGUACAGAUAACCUGUUACCUUUGAGACUGUGGAAGCAACUACCAACUGUAUUUAAGGAACUGCCAAACAUUCUUCACUGUGUUCUCUGCUUUUCACUUUGUCGGUUUUAUAUAAAUACAGAAGCAUUCAUUUGGUUCCCAUUCCUACUGCUGGAACACACACGAUCUAACGUUUAGGUCCACGAUGUAUUACGCUUCAAUGUCGUGAUGUAAACUAACACUUGUGGCCUUGGAAGAUCUUUCUGUUCCUGUACCUCUGUUGUCUGGAGGCCAGGCCCUGUUAACAUCAGUGUUGCUGAAUGAGCACAGUGUGUUACGGCGCCUCAUCCUCAGGCUACUGGACAUGGUACCCCCGCCCCACAACUGAACUUUCUGUAAGUCAUCACCUGGAAGCAAGGUUAGAUAAGGGUCAGGUUAAGUUAAAUGUUCUGAGUUAAAACAAAUUUGUCUCUAGUGUCAAACCACUGUUAUGUAUAAUUUUAUUGGGACACUCGACAGUUUUGUUAAAAUAACAUUUGAGAUUUUUAGAAGGUGACUUUGCGUACCACUGAAUUACUGUUUCUCAAAUGACUUUACAGCAACCAGCAACAGGCCAGUGAACUGCAGAAAAGACCACAUGGUUUUUGACGUUCACAGAGGAACGUCUCGACUAGAAAAGAUAUGGGUAGAUGCUCCCGAGAGGAAAACCUUUUUAGAAGGGCAGUGGCCAUUGGGAUCUAGAUCAGCAUAUUCUAAAAUGUGUGACCUUGGGCCCUGUGUUCCACUGAAUUCACUUGAGAAAAUUGUGAACCGGACCUGUCUGCCCCUUUUCCUUCUCUGCUGUGGCCUGCAGCUGGACUGCGUGAUGCCAGAUCCGCUGCUGAGUUUGUCCAUACCUUUGCCACCGUGGCAGGACUUUUCAGUAUAAACAUAGCUGACUUUUAACUGAUAGUUAUUUUUCUUUAAUCCUGUCAAAUAUUCUCUGAAUUCUGUCUUGUGCCAGGUUGCUCUUUGGAAACACCUGGAACCAUAGGGUGCAUUCAGUUUACCAUGUAAGUGGUUUACAUUUUAGGGCCUUGAUUUUUAAUGAGUGUUUGUCUUUGUGUGAAGUUCACUUUGGGGAGUACCAAGACUAUUCAUUUCUUCAAUGACAGUUUUCUUGAAGGAUAACCGGAGUGACUGGCUGUAACGUCUCAGCCUAAUAAAGGGGAGAUGCCUGUGUAAGCAGUUUUCUGAAGGACUGAGAACAAAGAAACUUGCACUCAACGGCUUUUUUUCCCCGUGGGGAAAGCGCUGUUUGGGCAGCGUUAAUACAGAAAGGCAGGACUUCGGGUGAACGUCACUGUUCCACAGUGCGCCACGUUCUGGUAACAUCGGCUUUUUAGAAACAAGCGUUGAAAAAAAAUCAAAACCUCCUCUUUCAGCAAAAAGAGAAAACCAGGCUUAAAGUGCUUGCCCGUUGCUUGCUGCUCAGAGUCAGAGAAGCGAUCAGAUAAAAUGGUCCCAUUUUUUCCUUCUAUCUGGUGGUGCCUGGGAGUCUUAAAGCCAUAACUGCUUCUCUUCCUGUUGAUAGAAUCCUUUUUCCUCCCUAGUCCAUCAUAGGUCAUCCGGGCAGGGGGCGCAGACUGGAGAUGGUCCUAGUCUUUCUGCAUGGAGCACAGUGUCGCCCACAUUCUCCUGGAAGAAUCUCUUUUCCACCUGAUGAUAGACGUGAUUGUCAACGCGAGGAGUUGAGGCUGUUGUUGCUCAUGCUGUUGGACUCUGGCUAGAAAUGCUGAACUUCUGGAGAAGUCAAGGAAGGGGUAAAGUAGGAAACAGCCACUUCUACAGAGUCACUUUUCUCAGGAGACCUGCACUUCUUGCCAGCAAUGUCUGUGAGGAGCAGUGUUGCCUUAAAUUAGUUUGAUUCUGACCAAGGUCAGGGUACUGUAUUUCUGUGUGUGAAUGAAUGACUGCCAGCUCUCCACUGAGGUGCCAGAUUCACAGGUGAGCCCCAAACAUCCUGUCCUCAGUAGCUGUGGACGUCCUCCCCCUGAGCUGGGGGCGACAUGCACACUGCUAGGUACAUCAUUUCAUUUCAAGUGGCCUCUCUAAUGAAUGAGCAGUGAUCAUAAAGGCUGGUGGUAGGAGAGAGAUCUUCCCGCCCAGGCCCUCCAGGUGAUCACUUCCUGACUGGUGGAGAGCUGGCUGUCCUCCUUUUCUGCAGGACUGUGUAGAAGAUAUUUCCAAAGGUUCUGUCACGCAGUGAAGUCACUCAUUACUGUUUUGUAAGAAUUUCACCAACACUCUUGUGUAUUGAAAUGCAUACAUUAACAAAAAAGAAAAAGGAGAAAACCAAACAAAACAGAGACGUUUGCUCCAAUGGGAGAUUUGUUGAUGUGAAGAGUGUUUCUAUUUUAUUACUUUUAAGAGAACAUCCACCAGGAAAACUUUUGCUACGGGAAGGAAGAUACCAGAGUGUUUUUUAAGGUUGUAUUUGAUGCCACAAACUAACACAAUCAGCUAAGAAAUCAUGUUGAUUUCUGGAAAUACCUGGUCCCAAAAACCAUUCUCUUUGCCCUUAAAUCUUUGUGAACACUGCCUAGAAAUAUGUUCCUAAUAGACUUAAAUGUUUGUGUGUAUUCUUAGCAAACUAGAAAAUGUUCUUCUCUUUUUGAGUAAAUUUUCAUAGUAUAGGGAGCCAGCACUGUGCUGGUUUCAGCAUUUCAGAUAAGGACAGAAUUGUGUAGCUUAGUGCCCCAUGAUUCAUUGCUGAGGUUCCGAUAGAAAGAAUGGAGGAAUUGAAAGGCAGGGUUUGAGCGACAUUUCCUUCACAAAAGAGCAAGGAUUAAAGAACAGCAAAGAGCAGAUGGUUGAGAGAAUAUACUGUUGCCCAGCAUAUACUGAGGAUAUGUCUCUGUCGCACUGAGUUUCAGACUCUAAUUGCUAAAAUGGUUUCUAGCUGUUAAAUUUUCAGAAUUUUUUAAAUUUCUUACUGAAUCAGCCUCUGAGAUUCUCAUAGGCUGUAACUUCAGCUUUUCCAAUGAACUGAAAGCCGAACGCCCUUUCUCAGAUACGGCUGUAUUGUUCGCCUGCCUCUUAAAGGCAACUGCCUGGUAUUUAGUCCAUAAAGUACUAUGGGAAGGUAGGAUAGAAAAAUGACAUUCCAGAGCGAGAAUUCUCUGUAAUGCGGUUUUCCUUAAGAAGAACCCAUCCCAGCACGCUAUUGUAUUUUGAAAAUGUGCUGAAUUACAAAGUACAAGAGUUUGCUCAUGGAAAUCGAGUUGCUCAGGAAAUUUGAGGUGGUGCUGACAUUCGUCUUACAAUUAGGAAAAGUACCGCCUUUGGAGAGAUCCUACACGGUGCCCAGGUGGUUUUGGACCCUUUGGUCAGAACUCCUUUGACAUUUGGAAUGUAGAUGUUUAAAUAAAUACAAGUGAGAUGUUAUCCCAGCUGCUCAUCAGCUUGUAGCUGAGCCCCAAGGGAAAGGCAGCUUUGAUCCAGUUACUUCAUGGACCUGAGCAGAACCUUAAUGGAACAGAGUUGCCCGGCUGAGGACAGAAAACAGAGGCCACCUCAAGCCACAUGCCUGUGAAGAGAUUAAGUGAAACUGUGAGGGACACUGUGGAUGCCUUAAAGGUGACUGGUGUUGGGUACCGGUGGGUGUGUAUGCACCCUUGUGGGCUAGGCUGGUCACCUUCACACGGCGCAGGUCCUGCUCGGGCCCUCACUGGGGAAAAUGAGAAAAUGGUGCUGGAGGCUUUGUCACGUGUCUCGGGAGGCUGAGAUGGUAACGUCGUUUGGACUCCAGUGCUCAAGCCUCCCUCCAGUGCCAGUUACACCUCUCCAUUAAUUCAUCUAUGCAGACUUGUGUUUCAGCUGUUCUUUUUUUACACCUUGUGUCCCAUUUGAUUCUUUUAACAUCAGGUUCAACAUUGAUACUACAAAUAAUUUUUAAACCAAAGUACUGUAUAAGUCUGUGUGCUUGUUUUCCUGAGUGCUUUGAGGCAAACACCAGUCUUGUCCUUCUCUUAAUAAAGUCAUCCAUUUGUUAAGUCA